UCCCAGAGCUCUUCUGGCACUCAGAGAACAAUCUGUGUGUCCAGAUCUCAACCGGGAACAGCACAGUCAUGGUGCUGUGGGGCCCGGUGCUGGGAGCCCUGCUGGUGGCCAUUGUGGGGUAUCUGUUCCUUCCUGGGCUGCUCCGGCAACGCAGACCCCAGGAACCUCCUCUGGACAAUGGCCCCAUACCCUGGCUGGGCCAUGCCCUGGCUUUCCGGAAGAAUAUGUUUGAAUUCCUGAAGCGCAUGUGGGCCAAACAUGGGGAUGUGUUCACAGUGCAGCUGGGUGGCCAAUACUUUACCUUUCUCAUGGACCCCCUCUCCUUUGGACCCAUCCUCAAGGAUGUGCAGAAAAAACUAGACUUCGAGCAGUAUGCGAAAGAACUUGUGCUAAAGGUAUUUGGAUACGAUUCAGGGCAGGGUGACUACCGGAUGAUACACUCAGCCAGCACCAAGUACCUGAUGGGGGAUGGCUUGAAGGAUCUCAACAAGGCCAUGCUGGACAGCCUGUCCUUAAUAAUGCUGGGUCCCAACAGCCAGAGCCUGGAUGCCAGUAGCUGGCAUGAGGAUGGUCUCUUUCACUUCUGCUACAACACCUUGUUCAAGGCCGGUUACCUGAGCUUGUUCGGCUACACGAAGGACAAGGAGCAGGACCUGAUACAAGCAGAGAAGGUAUUCGUGGAGUUCCGCAAGUAUGACCUCCUGUUCCCCAGGUUUGUUUACAAUCUGCUGUGGCCCCGGGAGUGGAUAGAAAUAGGUUGGCUCCAGCGUUUCCUCCGCAAGAUGCUUUCUGUGGAGCACAACCUGGAGAAGGAUGGCAUAAGCAGCUGGGUCUGCUACAUGCUUCAGCGCCUAAGGGAGCAGGGAGUGGUCCCGGCCAUGCAGGACAAGUUCAACUUCAUGAUGCUCUGGGCUUCCCAGGGGAACACAGGGCCUGCCUCUUUCUGGGCCCUCUUGUUCCUCUUGAAGCACCCAGAAGCCAUGUGGGCUGUGAAGGAGGAGGCCACCAAGAUCCUGGGUGAGGGUAGACUGCAGGUCGGACAGUCCUUCAGCUGUGAGUUAAGUGUCCUGCAACACACCCCGGUGCUAGACAGCGUGAUGGAGGAGACACUGCGCCUGGGGGCUUCACCCACCCUCCUUAGGGUGGUCCACGGUGACCAAGUCCUAAAGAUGGCCAGUGGGCAGGAGUACCUGCUCCGCCACGGAGACAAGCUGGCCCUCUUCCCCUACCUCUCGGUGCACAUGGACCCCGAAAUCCACCCCGAGCCCACUGCCUUCAAGUAUGAUCGCUUCCUCAACCCCGACGGCAGCCGCAAAGUGGACUUCUACAAAGGAGGCAAGAAGAUCCACCACUACACCAUGCCUUGGGGCUCGGGCGUCUCCAUCUGCCCCGGGAGGUACUUUGCCCUCAGUGAGAUGAAGCUCUUUGUCCUGCUCAUGGUCACACAGUUUGACAUGGAGCUGGUGGACCCUGACACACCUGUGCCACCCAUCGACCCCCGGCGCUGGGGCUUUGGCACCACCCAGCCCAGCCAUGACGUGCGCUUCCGCUACCGCCUGCGGCCUCCUGAGUGAGCUCGGCCGAGCCUGCCACAUCCCUGGCCUCUCGCCCCUCUGCAGCCCUGGUUCCCACUGGCCACCCCUCCCUCUGGUCCUGGGGCACCCCUCCUUCUGUCCUGGUUGUCCUCCUCACUCUCUGGCUUCCUAAUCAGCUCACAGGCUUAUCAUGCUCUCUUUGAAAUACCCUCUUUCACAAUGGGUUCAGCAGAAUACUCCUUUCGUAGGAAAUCCAGUGGAAGGGGGGAAUAUCCGUGGGCAAAUCAGCAUGAGAGAUGACGGCUGCCUUAAGAAGUCCUAUAGUACAGAACUGUUCCAUGCAACAGUGUUGCAGAUUUCAUUCUCUGCCCUCCCCACCCCUCUUCCCCCCACACCCACACAUAUUUCCACAUCCUAUGGAAUUCAUGUUCCAGAGUAGUGUGUCCAAAAGAAAUUAUAAAUUUCUUUAUAAUUAUAAGUUAUAAAUGUAUAAUUAUAAAUUUCCUAGUAGAAACAGUUAAAAAAGUAAAACGGGAAAUUCAUUUUUACCAUCUAUUUCAUUUAACCCAAUAUAUCAAAAGUAUUAUCACUCCAACAUGUAAUCAAUAUAAAAAAUAUCAAUGGAAUACUUUCAUUCUUUUUCUAGUACUGUCUUCAAAAUCUGAUAUGUACUUUACCCUUGCGGCACUUCUUGGUUCAGACUGGCCACGUCCCAAGGCCCCACUAGUCACAUGCGGCCAGUGGCUGCAGAGGUGGAGCAGGUCUGGGAAACGCUGCCUUUGAGGUGGAGUUAGUCAAGGUCCUUCCUUCCUCAGCGCCCUUAUCUCCUGUCUGAACCCUGUCCUGGGGUGGCCUCAACCCCACCCUUGGUUUCUACAACCACCGUGGAGUUCAGGGCUCUGCCCUGAACCAUCCACUUCCCCUGAUUUUCCUGCCUCUCUCUGUUCUGGAUACUCCCAUCCACCCUCUCCCCCAAGGCAGAUACCUAAGAGGCACCCUCCUCUCCUCCCUCUCUCACCCAUUUACAAUCAGUCCUGUCAGCUCUGCCCUCAGCGAUGCCUCCAAAAUGUGUCCCCCCUCCCCACUUCCUCUGCCGUCCAAACUCACACCUCCACAUUUCUCUCCACACCAGCUUCUGCCCACCUCCGUCCCAUGGUUCACACUAUUGCCAGAGGCCUUUUCCCCAAAGCACCUCUGAUUAUCACUCUUUUCCUCUUCUGGUUCCCCAUCGCCCCUCAAACACCUGACCUUUAAGAUUUGCCACAGUCUGCCCCCUAAUUGCUCAAAGUGAAUGCAACUUUGCCAACUUUUUCCAAUGGAGCCAUUCCUAAAGGAGGGGUGUUGCUUCUCCUGCCCGCCCCAGCGCCAGCUACUCCUGGAAGCCUUCUUAGAUCGCACCCUGCCAGAAAUGGCACUGUUUCACAGCAAUCUGUUAUGUGUUGCUGCUUUCUGUGUCCUGCUUUCCUCUCCCUGCUCCCAGCCCCAGACUGAAGCCCACUAGGGUUUGGUGUCUUCUUCAUUCAUCUCUGAUGCCCAAGCCCCUAAAUGGAGAUUAAAGUAUAGAAACCUGACUCUCA